AUGGACCAAUUCAGGAUAAUGCAACAACUUCAAGUUGAGUGUAAAUUCCUUCCCGAGAUAUGUGUCAUCAUGACACGUGAGAUGGAACUCUUUGAACCAAAAUUAGCAACAGCUGAGCGGGAGUGUCAGAUCUUAUUUGAGAUGGAGAAGGACAAAGAUUAUAUAGCCGAAGGUAUCUUAUCCCGUGAAGGGUAUACAUUAUCACCAAGUCAUUGUGAAGGUCUAUGUAUUGAUAUCCCAAGAGGAAGCACAUCAGACAACGUCAAAGUUUGCUUAUGGAAUCGACACAGUGCCACCAACCAAUUGUUCCAAUUCAUCCCUUAUAGAAAUCAAGCACAUCCUUCUUGUUUCCUCAUUCAAAACUUGAAUUCAGGAAAGUACCUUGGCGUCCAAAAAGGAAAGACUAAAGCUGGGUCUUUUAUCAUGCAAACCAAUGACGAUGUAUCACUCGCUGAUAACCACUGGACUCUUCAACCAACGGGAAAUGGAAAAUUCUGUAUCCAAUCCGCUCACUCCGAAUUAACUCUGGACGUCUAUGAAGGCGGAAAGAAACCGGGGUCGGAGUUGUGCCUUUGGCACAACAAGAAACAGCUAAAUCAACAGUUCUCACUCCAAAGAUCCCCAGACGAAAUGGCAUCCACCAAGGCAAGAAGAAACAUCGCCGAAAAGUCAUUUUGA